AUGGCUCCAGUUCCGGAUCCGAAUAACGUUGGUGGUGGUGCGAAGCGGGAUGAAGCUACGAUGAAGGUUCCUUCAAAGGAUCCAAAGAAGAAAGAUGAUAAGAAGGAGGAAGAUCUCUCUGAAGAGGAUUUGGAACUAAAGCAUAAUCUGGAGCUCUAUGUUGAGAGGGUUCAGGACCCCAAUCCUGAGUUGCAGAAGGCCGCUCUUGAAAGCAUGAGCUUAGGAUUUAGGUUAACUGGAUCAGGAGGUGACAUCGGAUCGUGGGGUCACGAGUAUGUCAGGAAUUUGGCCGGAGAGAUUGCAGAAGAGUAUACAAUGCGUCAGAGUGAGGAGGCCUCUGUUGAGGACUUGAUGGAUCUUGUGAAGCAAAUUGUUGCAUUUCACAUGAAGCAUAAUGCAGAAACCGAAGCUGUUGACCUCUUAAUGGAUGUUGAGGAUCUUGAUCUCUUACUUGAGCAUGUAGACCGCACAAAUUUCAGAAGGACGUGCAACUAUCUCACGAGUUCAGCAAAGUUCCUUCCAGGACCGGAUGACAUGCUGGUUCUAGAUAUUGCUUACAUGAUCUACAUUAAGUUUGAGGAAUAUCCAAACGCUCUGCAAGUUGCACUAUUUCUUGAUAACAUGCAGUAUGUGAAGCAAAUAUUUACCUCAUGCACUGAUCUACUAAGAAAGAAACAGUUCUGCUACAUGAUUUCACGUCAUGGCAUCACCUUUGAGCUCGACUCUGAGAUGGUUGCAGACAAGGAUGACAGAGAUAUGCUGCAGGAUAUUGUUAACAACACUAAGUUAAGUGAAGGAUAUCUUACACUUGCAAGGGAUAUUGAGGUCAUGGAGGCCAAGACGCCUGAAGACAUCUACAAGGCUCACUUGCUUGAUGGCAGGGCUAGCUCUGGCACAAGUGUGGAUUCUGCUAGACAAAAUCUUGCUGCGACUUUUGUGAAUGCAUUUGUAAAUGCUGGUUUCGGCCAGGACAAAUUAAUGACAUUACCAUCGGACGCAUCUAGUGGCUCUGCUGGAAACUGGCUCUUCAAAAAUAAAGAACAUGGCAAGACCAGUGCAGCUGCUAGCCUGGGUAUGAUUUUAUUGUGGGAUGUGGACUCCGGACUUACCCAACUUGACAAAUAUUUUCAUAGCACUGAUAAUCCCGUCCUCGCUGGAGCUCUGCUAGGUGUUGGGAUUAAUAAUUGUGGCAUUAAAAGUGAUUGUGAUCCUGCAUUGGCCCUUCUUGGAGAAUAUAUUGAUAACGAGGAUUCAUCUGUCCGAAUUGGUGCUAUUAUGGGUCUCGGGAUCGCAUAUGCCGGCUCUCAAAAUGAUCAGAUAAGAAGCAGCUUGUCUCCAAUACUGAAUGACGCUAAAGCACCUCUCGAUGUGAUUGCUUUUGCUGCACUUAGUUUGGGGAUGAUUUAUGUUGGUUCGUGUAACGAAGAGGUUGCACAAUCUAUUAUAUUUGCUUUGAUGGAUCGGAGUGAGGCACAACUGGGUGAUGCCCUUACUCGUUUCUUGCCUCUUGGACUUGGACUUUUGUACCUUGGCAAACAGCAGGAAAGUGUGGAAGCUACUGCGGAGGUCUCAAAGACAUUCGAUGAGAAAAUCAGAAAGUAUUGUGAUAUGACGCUUCUUUCCUGUGCGUAUGCUGGAACCGGGAAUGUCCUUAAGGUCCAAGACCUUCUGGCUCAGUGUGGAGAGCAUCUGGAGAAAGGUGAUAUCCACCAGGGCCCAGCUGUGCUUGGAUUAGCGAUGGUUGCUAUGUCUGAGGAAUUGGGUCUUGAUAUGGCAAUCCGUUCUCUGGAGCGCGUGCUACAGUAUGGAGAACAAAACAUUCGGCGGGCAGUGCCUUUGGCCCUUGGUCUCCUCUGUAUAUCAAACCCAAAGGUGAAUGUUAUGGACACCUUGAGCCGGCUUAGCCAUGACACAGAUUCAGAAGUUGCCAUGGCAGCGAUAAUUUCCCUUGGUUUGAUUGGCGCUGGGACCAACAAUGCAAGGAUUGCUGGCAUGCUUAGAAAUCUCUCAAGCUAUUAUUACAAGGAUGCCAGCCUUCUCUUCUGUGUGCGUAUUGCUCAAGGAUUUGUGCAUAUGGGAAAGGGUCUCUUAACUCUCAGUCCCUUCCACUCUGAACGGCUAUUGCUAUCCCCAACCGCGCUUGCUGGUAUAGUGACAUUGCUGCAUGCAUGCCUUGAUAUGAAAUCCAUCAUACUGGGGAAAUACCACUAUGUUCUCUACUUCCUCGUUUUGGCGAUGCAGCCAAGGAUGAUGCUAACGGUGGAUGAGAACCUGAAACCCAUUUCGGUACCAGUGCGGGUAGGACAAGCAGUUGACGUGGUUGGACAGGCAGGCCGACCAAAAACAAUCACUGGGUUCCAAACACACUCUACACCUGUUCUCCUUGCUGCUGGGGAGAGAGCCGAACUCGCAACAGACAAGUACAUUCCAUUGUCUCCCAUACUAGAAGGUUUCAUCAUACUGAAAGAAAAUCCAGACUACAGAGAGGAGUGAAUCCAAAACUCGAAGUGCCCAGCAUUUGGAUAAUACUUUCUAUAUGGUUUUUAGUUUAAUCACUUCUAUGUUUCCAGGAACUGGCUUAGUUAACACUUUCCUUUUGUUAAACCGCUUAUUGUGCACUUUUAUCUUUCUAAAGUUGGAUAAUUUAAAGAAAAAAAAAAUCUAAUGUUUUUUAUACAGCUCCUCCAAAACUAAUCGCUAUACUUCUCCUUAAGCUUUUUCUUUUCUUUUCUUUCAUGCAUUGUUCGCACUCCAACUUUAAUUUGUCACAUAUGCUAAGGCUUCUUGUUGUCUUCAUGCAUGAUUUGGCAUAAACUAUGUAAUAUAAAAUGGUAGGCUGGCUACAGAUACAUAUAUGGCGUGCACGACUCACUCGUUUACAUCAUAUUUUGUUGUUGCUUUGUUGGUGUGUAUAUCUUUGUUUCCAACUACCACAAUCCAUUCUCUCAUAAAAGCGAUUACAAAAAAAGUCUUAUUGAAAUUAACAACCAAAACAGUUAUGAUAUGUACAUGUAUAUUGAUGGUUUAGUUUUUGCUACUAAGUCUGUAAUUUCCGUAGACAAAAGAAAAGAAAACGAACAAAAGAAUCAAAUGAAUGGAAUACAGUUUUUAACGGUUUGUUUUUGGUAACCAUAUGUUAUAUCGACGCUAAUGGAUCUCCUCCAGCUAGAAAAGAAAAGAAAAAAUUAGUUUAAUGGCCGCGACCUCUUGGACUCGGACCCGAAGCCAAACGCUGAAACCAGUAAUCUACCGUCGACUUCAUCUUGUCCACCCUCAUCACCGUCGCUCUUCCGUCUCCCAACUUCUCCGUUAGAAUCCUUC